GGGUGAGGUGAGAACGUAAACACACUCCUCCUCCAAUCAGAACCGUCCCGUUUCCCCAGCCCCUCCAGUCGCCGGGUCAGAGCAUCAGAAGGAGGCGGGACUAGCAGGAGUCUGAGGCCUACGCCAAGCAGGGUGCAACGUUCCACUGUUCACUUGGUCUGAUGACUGAGCAGAAGUGAUGACGGUCCUCCUCCCCAGGAUUAGCAGGCGCUGGGAGCAACUCCUUUCAAUCCAACUGUGAUUAUAGGAUUCUUCUGUGAUUUAUCCAGACCCCUUCCAUGCAGACUUUUUAAAUUUAUGGACUGCAAAGUACCAAAGCUCUGAAAGAAGCUUGAAGCAAAACCAGUGAAAAGCAGCUUUAUUAUUGAGACGUCAAGUUCCAUAGUUCAGAACUCUGCAGUGGGUCUCCCUGGGAUAGUAUCAAAGUAUCGGCAGGAUUGCAGUCCUUUCUGGAGGCCUUAAGAGAGAAUCCGUGUCUUCUUCCUUCUAGCUUCUAGAGGCUUCCCACAUUCUUGGCUCCAUUUUCAAGGUGAUCUUGACUGUGCCUCCCCCGAAUAUAUACUUCCUGGCUUCUCCACAGGAGAAAGUCCUGGCCAACUCUAAAGAGAGAUCUGUUCCUGGGUUUCCAAGAACACCAGGGCUUCCAGAACCUUCUUGUUCCCAGGGAGCGCCCACAUCCCAGUCCACUUGGCUUUUUGUCGUGAGCCAGCCCCUGGGAACUCCUGGAAACCAGAUUUACGGUCUGCAUUAUGUCUGGAGCCAGCCGUCAGCUUGCUCUUUUCCUCUGCGGCUGUUAUGUGGUUGCCCUGGGAGUCCAUGCCACGGAGCCACGCGUGGCCGAUCACCAUGAGGCUGAACACUACAUGGCCGCCGUGUACGAGCACCAGUCGAUCUUGACUCCCGACCCGCUGGCUGUCAUGAGCCGCAAGCAGGCCUUGCAGCUAAUGAACCAGAACCUCGACAUCUAUGAACAGCAAGUGAUGAUCGCAGCCCAAAAGGGUGUACAGAUUAUAGUGUUUCCAGAAGAUGGCAUUCACGGAUUCAACUUUACAAGAACAUCUGUUUACCCAUUUUUGGACUUCAUGCCAUCUCCCCGGUUGGUCAGGUGGAACCCAUGCCUGGAGCCCCACCGAUUCACUGACACAGAGGUCCUCCAGCGCCUGAGUUGUAUGGCCAUCAAGGGAGAUAUGUUCCUGGUGGCCAAUCUUGGGACGAAGCAGCCUUGUCAUAGCAAUGACCCAGGGUGCCCGAAUGACAGAAGAUACCAGUUUAACACGAACGUUGUGUUCAGCAAUAACGGAACCCUUGUUGACCGCUACCGCAAACACAACCUCUAUUUUGAGGCCGCUUUUGACACCCCUGUCGAAGUGGAUCACAUCAUCUUUGAUACCCCCUUUGCUGGCAAAUUUGGCAUCUUCACCUGCUUUGAUAUAUUGUUCUUCGACCCUGCCAUUAGACUCCUCAGAGACUCUGAGGUGAAGCACGUCGUGUACCCGACUGCCUGGAUGAACCAGCUCCCACUCUUGGCAGCCAUUCAGAUUCAGAGAGCUUUUGCCAUUGCGUUUGGCAUCAACUUACUAGCUGCUAACAUCCACCACUCGUCUCUGGGGAUGACCGGAAGUGGUAUACACAGCCCUCUGAAGUCAUUUUGGCACCAUGACAUGGAAGACUCCAGGGGUCAUCUUCUAAUUGCACAAGUAGCCAAAAACCCACUGGGUCUCACUGGUACAGAGACCGCCACGGAUAAAAUGGACCCAUCCCAUAGUAAGUUUUUAGAACUCUUGGCUGGUGAUCCAUACUGUGAGAAGGAUGCUCAGGAAGUCCACUGUGACGGAGCUACCAAAGGGGACAUGAACGCUGCUCCCACGUUUCACUCUGAGAUGAUGUAUGACAAUUUCACCCUGGUCCCCGUGUGGGGAAAGGAGGGCUACCUCCGCGUCUGUGCCAAUGGCCUCUGCUGUUAUUUACUGUACCGGAGGCCCACUUUGUCCAACGAGCUGUAUGCCCUGGGGGUCUUUGACGGUCUUCACACUGUGCACGGCACUUACUACGUGCAAGCUUGCGCCCUGGUCAAAUGUGGGGGUCUUGGCUUUGACACCUGCGGACAGGAGAUCACAGAGGCCACAGGGAGAUUUGAGUUUCACCUGUGGGGGAACUUCAGUACUUCCUAUAUCUUUCCUCUGCUUCUUACCUCGGGGAUGACCCUAGAAACCCCGGAUCAGUUUGGCUGGGAGAGUGACCACUCUUUCCUGAGGAAGAGGGGGCUGUCCUCUGGCCUGGUGACGGCAGCUCUGUACGGGCGGCUGUAUGAGAGGGACUAGGGUGGUGUGGCCCAGGCUACAGCCCACAAGCACUGGGACCACCUUUCUGCCCCAGAGCCCAUCGUGGGGGCUGUGGGAUGAAGUAGGGAGGGCUGAGUCCCCCUACUUCCUCUUCCAUGUGAAUUAGGGAGUCUUUUUUGGUAUUCUCUGCUCACAUUUAUUGUUUCCAAGCCACAUCUUCUUACAGCAAGUCUCUCAUUUCACAAUUGGUUUUAAGAGCUAAAACAAAAAUAAAUGUCAGUUUAUAUUUUACACAUCUACAAA